AUGAAGAUGAUGAUCUUUCGUCUUUUACUAUUCUUGACUUUAUUCUCAUUAGACAGUAUCGUUCACGCCGCCAGUUUCGACAGUAUCACCACUCCUCGAGAAAAAGAAGAGAAUCAGAGGCUUGUAGCGAAGCAGAUGGACCACAAAUAUAUAGGUCUUGAUUAUUUAUCCUACUCUACCGAUGCACAAUUUGCAAAGGAAAAAUGGCAAGCUAGAAAAGAGAGGACGACAAAUUGUUUAGUGAAAUCACUUUGCAAGCAUCUUGAAAAAUAUCAUAGUAAAGUAGAAGAAGCAAACGAGAAAGUAGGUCGGAUGCACAUUAGCAAGUCUAACAGAUUCGAAGACAUUCUUGACAGUCGUGUGAAAGACUAUAAACAGCACAAUCGACUGUUAGAACAGCUGGAAGAAAGAAACCCGAAAGCAGAUAGCCGUCAUAGACGUACUCAAAGCUUUAGGCAACAUCAGUCUCUAAGCAGUGAGCAAGGUCGAGAGCCAGAAGCAAGUAGUAGUCGUCACAGACGUACUCAAAGCCAUUGA